AUGGCAACCACCAAUACCACCAGUGUGAGUUUGAAGCUUUUGAUCGAUACGAAGGGUCACAAGGUUCUGUUUGCUGAAGCGAUAAAGGAAGUUGUAGAUUUUCUUUUCACUUUCUUGACUUUUCUCGUUGCCACUGUCAUUAUGCUCCUCUCGAAGAAUGACAUAGUUGGUUGCUUAGGCCAACUUUGUGAGAGUGUUGAAAACCUUAGUGAUGCAUACUUGCAACCCAAUUUUGACAAAGACGCCCUUCUCAAACCCAAUGGCACAGUUGCUGGUGCUAAUAUCUUUCAUUUACUGACCAGCAGCAAUGACUGUAAUCCAAAACAGUUGUACAUUUGUACCGGUUUCAAUCGCUGUAUUUGUGAUGUGUCUGGAACAACAUGUCCACAGUGCCCACAUGGUGGUUCUGGUAAUUAUAGAGCCAUUUCCACCCCCGUUACUUAUGUUGACCCGCAAGCACGUACUAGUACCAACGCAGCAACAACGUUGUCCGUUGAGGGAGGGUAUGUGAAGGGUGUUGGUACACAUAUGAUCAUGGACAAUUUAGAGGUGAAUCGCAUGUCUACUAUUUCUAGUAUUACUGUGCUUAAGAUGUUCAAUAUUAAGGAAGUCGGUGUUCCUGAAGAGAAGAUGGUUAAUCUUGGCAUGGUGGAGGUCUGA